AUGUCUUCCCCAGCCGUCUAUGUUUCGGACAACGAAGAUGACAGUCAAGGAAUCCCUGUUCCCAGAGAGGACGAAGUCUUCACCCAAAGGGGAAACAAAUUUGGUCCGCAUUUCAGGUCUCAGUCGACCUCUGCUUCCCUUGGCGCUCUUCGCCGCCUUUGUAACAUCCCCAUGAAAUUGAAUUCUCUCUUCCUAGACCCAACGAGUCUCCGGAAGUGGUGCGAGAGGGUUACUGUUGUGCAAGCAGGGUUUUCCCUCUACACCAGCGAACUCUUAGGGCUAUUUCGAGCCCGUGAAUCCGCAGCAGAAAGGAACCAGACGAUCCCCCGCCCAACUGUUGACUUCUUGUCCUUCUUUCGAAUCGUUUCCGAGGGUGAAACAAAUUGGAAUUCCUUCACCCUUCAACGCAUUCAUAAAGCGGGGCUCGCCAUUAAAGACGGUCAGACUCACCCCCUCGAUCCUCCUCCCGAGGAGAAAGACGUCUCGAGCCUGAAUGCUCGAGAUAAAAGAAAGAUGCAGGCUGAAAUCAAGGCUCUUAAGGAUCAGCUAUCCGAAAUCGGGAGAAAGAAAGGGAUAGCUGCAAUCUCCAGGGUUGGUAACUUCCACAGGAAGACCCUCUUGGUUGAUGACGGUUCAUUAGAAGCGGCCUUGUCAACCAUGGUGGAUACUCAUGGAGCCGAGAUACUUAACGACCCUCCAGUUGCCACCGCAAUUUGCCCUUCCGAACCAGGGCGUGAGGGAGAAAUAACCUCCUCUCCUUGUAUAAAGAGGAAGGCUCCAGAUUCCGAUAAUCUAUCAAACGAGAGACUUAAAACCGUGAGAUUAAGUUCUCCGCCACGAGUCUCUAGCCCUCUACGUUCUGUUUCUCCCUCUUCAGAACCCUCUUCCGGGAGACAGAGUGGAGAAGAGAUUGGAGACAUCUUCCAAAGAUUCCAAACCAGGGAAGGGGCGUCCCUUCCUCCUUUUUCGGUUUGGAGGCCGGAAAUCCGUCAGAUGUUCGCCAAUCGAGCUUGCUACCUAUCCCAAGCGUUUAUGGAGACUAAUGGAAUGAUCUUCCAUUAUGAGAACCUUCUUCAUCAAGCGAAGAGAGAGACCGCAAAGGCUAAGAAGGAGGUUGAUGAACUUAGAUUAGCCAACCAAUCUGAGCGACUUGAGAGGGAAAAAGCACUCGAGUCGUCUUUUGAAAAUAUGAAGAAAACUCUAGCAGCUAACGAGCAACGCAUCAGAAUUGCGAAUGCUAAAAGAGAUUCUGCGAGGAACAGGGCUCGCGAUAUCGCUGAAGCCGAACAUAAUGCUCGAGAAGAGAUGAGGGGAUUCGGUAGGCAACUUAUUCAAUCUGUUACGAAGUUCAUCAAGGACAAAGAGAUCUUGUCUAAACUUCUAACAGAUCGAGCCGAACUGAAGAGCAAUCUAGACGUGAUUAAGGAACUAGAGGCUGGAAGAGUUUCGAUCGAGAGCGAGAGGAGCGAAGUUGCUGCCGAACUCGCUGUGGUUGAAUCCGAGUUAUCCUCGGCUUACCGUCCUACUCUCGAUCUGAAACAAUUUUCUUUGGUAUUUGGAGAUUCUCCCUCUUAA